UCGGAUUAUUCAGCGAAUAUAUAUUUGAUCUGUUUCGACGGAGCAAGACGGUCGAUGUGAGCAAAGAGCCUUCUGAUCCUCUGGAAACCCGUUGUCUCUGAUGGAGAUUAGAGCCCGGAGCAAGAUGGUAUCACACCAACCACUAGACAUUGUUUGAGCUGAUCAGGUUCUGUGGAGUUUUUUAAGGUUUCCUAACAAAUCCAUACAAACAAUGGCGGAUCCAGAGGUUGCUGCGGCUGGAAUCGUGAAAAAGAGAACGUUCAAAAAGUUCUCAUUCAGAGGAGUCGAUCUUGAUGCUCUUCUCGACAUGUCUACCGAUGAUCUUGUCAAGCUCUUCCCUUCCCGUAUUCGUAGAAGGUUCUCAAGAGGAUUGACGAGGAAGCCUAUGGCUUUGAUCAAGAAAUUGCGCAAAGCGAAAAUUGAAGCACCAGCAGGUGAGAAGCCAGCAGCAGUGAGAACCCACCUAAGGAACAUGGUCAUUGUCCCUGAAAUGAUUGGAAGCAUCAUCGGUGUUUACAACGGAAAGACUUUUAACCAAGUCGAAAUCAAACCGGAGAUGAUUGGACAUUACUUGGCUGAGUUCUCAAUCUCAUAUAAGCCGGUUAAGCACGGUAGGCCUGGUGUUGGUGCUACCAAUUCCUCCAGGUUUAUCCCUCUCAAGUGAAAAGAUCAAAGCUCUUAUUACACAGAGUCGUCGGUGUUAUGCUCCUGUCUUUCGUUUCUUUUUCUUUAGAACUUUUGUCUCUGCUUUUCUGUUUUUUCCUUUAGAUUUUGUUCAAACUCUAGUUCAUUCGUUUAAAUAAUACAGAGCAUUCUUUUUUUAAUAUCUCAUACUCUGUUUAUGGCUUAGUUAUUUUUUUCUGUAUUGCAGAUGGUUGUAACCUUAUUUCCCAAGGUAUGUAGUAUAUGACUCAGCAGUAAUGAGUAA